CCAUCCCUUGUCUCAGUGGUCAGAGAGGGGGUGGGGCCCAGCCGUUGGGCGAGUACCGGGUGGGGUGCCCCUUGCCCCAACUCCGCCUCCUGCCCCAACUCCGCCCCAUUCCCCCUGGGGGGAAGGUGGGUGGGAAUUCCGGGCCUUGGCAAAGUCACUGUAGCUUCAGCCGGGCUGCCGAGAGGACGAACCCGCCUGUUGCCCCAGGGAGGGGCGUCACGAGGCGGUGGGAGGAGAAGCAGUUAGAGGAGGUAGAGGGGGAAGAGACAGCCUCUUUGCUUAAAAUCUCUCGAAGCUGACCUCAGGGGCUAAGGAAUUAUCUAGAGAGGAAAGCCUGUUUCCUCCACCUGGGCUGCCUGAAGAGGCCACGACCCUGGAGGAUCCUAAGCCAACAUCCAGGGGCCCCAGCACCACCCCAGGGGCCUAAAGUCUCAGGGACCAUUUCAGGGUAUCCAGUUGCCUAGACAACGAGCCCUGGAUCAGAGCAACAGCCCUUCCAGCAUCUGCCCGAACUGCAGCCUUGGGCAGUAAGUGGUACCAGCCCUCAGCCUGCCCACCAGUCCAGGCGACAUGCCGGUGCUUUCCACUCCACGCUCCUCGAGGGUGACCACGCUGAAGCGCACAGCUGUGGUUCUGGCACUCACAGCCUAUGGAGUCCACAAAAUCUACCCUCUAGUACGGCAGUGUCUGACUCCUGCCAGGGGCCCUCAGGUGCCAGCUGGAGAGCCCACGCAAGAGGCCUCUGGGGCCACAGCAGCCAAGGCUGGCAUGAACCGGGUAUUCCUGCAGCGGCUCCUGGUGCUCCUGAGGCUGCUGUUCCCCCGAGUCUUAUGCCGGGAAACAGGGUUGCUGGCCCUGCAUUCUACUGCCCUGGUAAGCCGAACUUUCCUGUCUGUGUAUGUGGCCCGCCUGGACGGCAGACUGGCCCGCUGCAUUGUUCGUAAGGACCCACAGGCCUUUAGCUGGCAGCUGCUGCAGUGGCUUCUCAUCGCCCUUCCUGCCACUUUCAUCAACAGUGCCAUCCGCUACCUAGAGGGCCAGCUGGCUCUGUCUUUCCGAAGCCGACUAGUUGCUCAUGCCUAUAGACUCUACUUCUCCCAGCAGACUUACUACCGAGUAAGCAACAUGGAUGGACGGCUUCGAAACCCUGACCAGUCUCUGACAGAGGAUGUGGUAGCCUUUGCUGCCUCUAUAGCCCACCUCUAUUCCAACUUGACCAAGCCACUACUGGACGUGGCUGUGACCUCCUACACUCUACUUCGAGCUGCUCGCUCCAGAGGAGCUGGCACAGCCUGGCCCUCAGCCAUCGCUGGCCUGGUGGUGUUCUUAACAGCCAACGUGCUUCGAGCCUUCUCUCCCAAGUUUGGAGAGCUGGUGGCAGAGGAAGCAAGGCGGAAGGGUGAACUGCGCUACAUGCACUCUCGAGUGGUGGCCAACUCAGAGGAAAUUGCCUUCUAUGGGGGCCAUGAGGUGGGGCAGAUUGAAAUGCUGCUUAUGGAUAGGGAUGCCUGGCCUAGCUUCAGCCACUGCACGCUAGGCCUGACAAGCUCCCCCACCACUACUGCCAUUGUAGCCGCCCUUCCGCACAGAUUCCAGCCACUCUACUCAGAAGCCAUGAAGAAGGCAGCCUUAGAAAUGGAGGAGGAGGAGCUGGUCAGUGAGCGCACAGAAGCCUUCACCAUUGCCCGAAACCUCCUCACAGCUGCUGCAGAUGCCACUGAGAGGAUCAUGUCAUCCUACAAGGAGGUGACAGAGCUGGCUGGCUACACAGCCAGGGUGUACGAGAUGUUCCAGGUUUUUGAAGAUGUCCAACACUGUCGUUUUAAGAGGACUGGGGAUCUAGAGGAGGCUCAGGCUAGGCCUGGGGCCAUGGUACGAUCUGGUGUCCGUGUAGAGGGGCCCUUGAAGAUUCAAGGCCAAGUGGUGGAUGUGGAGCAGGGGAUCAUCUGUGAGAACAUCCCUAUCAUCACACCCACAGGAGAGGUGGUGGUGGCCAGCCUCAACAUCAGGGUGGAAGAAGGCAUGCACUUGCUCAUCACAGGCCCCAAUGGCUGCGGCAAGAGCUCGCUGUUCCGAAUCCUGGGUGGACUCUGGCCCACAUACAGUGGUGUACUCUAUAAGCCCCCACCCCAGCGCAUGUUCUAUAUCCCUCAGAGGCCAUACAUGUCUGUGGGCUCCCUGCGCGACCAAGUGAUCUAUCCCGAUUCUGCGGAGGAUAUGCGGAGGAAGGGUUGUUCGGAGCAGCAACUGGAAGCCAUCUUGGGCAUCGUACAUCUUCGCCACAUCCUGCAACGGGAGGGAGGUUGGGAGGCUGUGUGUGACUGGAAGGAUGUCCUGUCUGGAGGUGAGAAACAGAGGAUCGGCAUGGCCCGCAUGUUCUACCACAGGCCAAAGUAUGCCCUCCUGGAUGAGUGCACUAGUGCUGUGAGCAUUGAUGUGGAAGGCAAGAUCUUCCAAGCAGCCAAAGAUGCUGGUAUCGCCCUACUGUCCAUCACUCAUCGGCCCUCCCUAUGGAAGUACCACACACACUUGCUGCAGUUUGAUGGGGAGGGAGGAUGGAAGUUUGAGAAGCUGGACUCUGCAACCCGUCUAAGCCUGACUGAAGAGAAGCAGCGCCUGGAGCAGCAGCUGGCAGGCAUCCCCAAGAUGCAGGGGCGCCUUCAGGAGCUCCGCCAAAUCCUUGGCGAGGCUGCAGCCCCAGUUCAGCCCCUGGUCCCAGGUGUCCCCACUUGACUGGGGACCUUGUCCCCAGUCCCCACCCUUCUUCAGGCUCUCGGAUCAUAUGAAGGAAAUUGCAGUUCCCACCCUCCUCUCACUGCCCUGCAUGCCUUCCCUGUCCCAAGCCUCCUAACCAAUUGCCUACCUUCCCUGAAGACCCCACUCUUGAGCAAGUCGAUAUGAAUGAGGACACUUUACUUCUUCCUGCCCCCAUCUCGCCUUCACCAUGAGGUCUGCUCCAUGAACUGUGCCAUGAUAAGGCAAUGUGUCCUUUACUUUUCUCUAGGAAGGGGUGGAGGGUUUGGAAGGCCCCAGUUCUGACCCUACACCAGUAUGCCUGAGCCAUAGGAAGUAAACAGGAGCUGUCCCCUUAUUGCCAGCAGCCAGAAUGUGUGGCAAGUCUGGUAGUUGUGAGCCACAUCCCUCCUGAAACCUAAGUCCUCAUUGUUCCUUUAAUCCAUCCCUUUGUUGUCAUCCUCUAGGGUGGACAGCCAAAGCCCCUGUCCCAUAGGACACCCCUCCCAGCCAUGGAAACAGCCGAAUGGGACAUAGGAUCAGACAGGGCCCAAAGCAUGCCCUUCCCCAUGGUAACCCCCAGAAGGGCAUAGUGUUCCUUCUGAGCCAUGAGAAAAAUGGAGCCCUGGCCUUCCCACUCCUCCACCUUCUACAACCUAAUUUAUUGAACUCCCAGUUUAUAGCUGUCUGAAUUGCCAACGUGAGCACCCUGCCAGCACAGGAGGUGACCGGGUGGUUCCUUCAGUCUGCCCAGCCUCUGCUGCCAAACCUGACCCCUCACCAGCCUAUACUGCCAGUUGCCACUGGGGGUGCCCUCUGCCAGCUAGGCAGGAGUGAGGGCACAAUGUUCCCAGCUCAGUGCCAAAGAUGGGUCAUAGGAGGUGCUGUGUCUGUUAAGCCGGCCCUCAACAAGUGGGAUACCCCCCACACACACUGCCGCUGUGUGCCUUUCCUGGGCCUUCAGCCCUCUGACUGGGUGCCCCUCGGUCCUCUCAAGUAAAAACCUCUGGAAAGUA